GGUUUGCUUCCAACAGUGUACAUGGAGCUCAAAGAGUAACCAGUUCAGUUCACAAUGGCUUGGUAUGGUUUUUAAAAACGAGAAGCAAGUAUUUGGCGAAUCAAUAUUCAAAAUGCAUUGGGUUGUUGGUACCUGGUUAAUCACAUCUCUCCUUGGCCUUGGAAUGGGGCAUAACACUUUAUCUGAAGGAUAUGACCGGACUCUGUCAGGUUAUCAUCUGUGUAAUGAGACUGAGCUUGUUUCGGUGACUAAUGUGAUCUCCUAUCCAACCUCGUACACUCAGAGGAGACCGUGUGGUGGGUGGCUGCCAUGGACAAUGUGUGAUGUCACGGUUUAUAAGACAGAAUACCAAACACAGGUGUAUGACAUGCUCAAACAGGUUAAGAAAUGUUGCCACGGCUACGAACAAGUUGGGAGUUACUGUGCCUUGUCCUUGAACAGAAGUGCAGAAUUCACAUCUAAGCCAGGACUGUGUCCUUCAGCAAGUGGGUCUCUGAGGAAUAAUUCAAACUCCUCUGGCUCCACAUGCAAGUGGGACAUAGAUUGUCCUCAGUGGCAAAAAUGCUGUCAGACCGAAAAUAUCUCCAACAUCUAUCAGUGCUCAGACCCAGUACCACCAGCCAACAGAACCUGCUUCAAUGCGACAAUAACAGUUAAGACAAACUUUGAGCUACUAACUAUGGACAAAGGACUCUUCAACCACACCAGACUACUGCACUCUGUGGUAACUGGUGCUCUGGGAACUGCUGAAAUUUCUGUGCAUCAUGUCUGGUCAUGGUCAGCAGGGCCCUUCACAACCUCUUCAUCACUUCUGGUUUGUUCUUCUAAAGACUUCUUUCUAGAAGAAAUCAUCUCUACAAGACUGUAUCGGUUGGAAAACAUUGAGGAGGUGACUAAUGUCGUGGUUCAAGAUGUGGAUGAAUGUGCAGUUCCGGAAUUGAACAGUUGUUCUCCACAUGCACACUGCAUGAAUACAGUAGGGUCUUAUUCAUGUGCCUGUCAUCAUGGGUAUCAUGACCUCAAUUCUUCACAGCCAGGAACAGUUUGUAUGGCCCCCAGUGUCACUACGCAACCUUUCAUGAACAACACUCUCCCUGUCCCGCCAGGUAACAGAACAUACACUGAUGGAGAACAAAUGAGUAUCACCCCGUCUGGACCAUUCUGGACAUCCACUGUUGAUCCCUCUUCAUAUUCAAAUAAUCCUUCCAUCAGGCUAUCACCUUCUACAUGCGACUACAUACCUGAGAUCACCAGUCUGUUCUCUUAUGACGUCAGUGCCUCAACCUUUCAUGUGGCAUGGACCACCAACAACCAAACCGGGGUCACUUUCAACCUAGUUCUGCUACAUAGGACCACUGAGCUGGAAAACAUGUUGCAUGUAAGGAACUUUAACUGGACGUUCACGAACCUGGAUCCUGCGGUUCUUUAUAUUGUACGUGUCACUCCAUUUGCCUGUGGUAUCCGGGGAAACUCCACAGAGAUCAAAGUGAGAACAGAUGGACAGUUACUUCUAGCUGCAGUCCGCUUGACAAACGUGGAGUAUACAGAGGCCUUGAGUGACCCAAACAGUGACGCAUAUAAGGAGUUCUGUAGAAAUGUCACAAAUGAGAUUCUUUUGUCUCCAGAGAUCCGUGCACUAGUCAACUCUGGACAGGUCAUCAUCCAGAUAACAUCCCUCUCAGCUGGCAGCGUAAUCGUGAACUUUUCCAUCAUAUUUCAACCCAACAGCAACCUGAACAUGACUAGCGUGUCCAGAGAUCUUAUUGUGUCUCUACAGAACAGCUCCAUAUACGUAAUAGACAGUAGCAGUAUAUACAUAGAAGAUUUAAAUGAGUGUUUGGUGAAUGAGGCGGACUGCUCCCCAUGGGCUUCCUGUGAAAACACUAUUGGCUCAUACAUCUGUGCCUGUUGGUCUGGAUACGACGAUCAGAGCCCCAGUAGACCAGGACGCAUCUGUGCAGCAUCACCUAACGCCACAACAUCGACUGUUAAUCCCACGACAAACUAUCCUGGAGUAUCUUCAAAUUCCACUGCCACGAGCACUACAACAUCUUCUAUUACAAUAACUAUGAUUGGAAACCCAUCUAUGAGUAGUACAGUGAGCACAGCUCAUGUUCAGAGCAACACCAAAACAACAGAGUCUUCGACUUUGGCAGACAUUCCAAUACUCGCACCCAUAACACAGGACUUAACUUUCAGUCAACAUAUUAUUGGCCAUUUGACCUCAUAUGUUACUGUUGAGUGCAGCCCGGGGUAUAUAUCAGUCGUCAUAAGGCGAGUCAUCUUGCAGGUUAAUAACAUCAACGAGAGUACCCUGUUCCUCGGUAAAUCAGAAUGUCGCCUCAGCGGAAUAAAUGAAUCCCAUGUGUGGCUCACUACAGCUUGGGAUAAGUGUGGUACUACACUAGAGCAUAACAGCACCCACAAUUCAUUUAAUGUAACUCUAUUCAACAAUGUGAGCAGUUCACAGAUGGGUAAUGUUAAGCAUUUGGAAGUUCCCAUCAUCUGCUCUUACCCCAGUCGCAUCAUCAUCUCCACGGGAUACCCCCCAUCAGGGUAUUUUAAUAUGAUCAACGACCCAGUGGCAGGAUUGGGUAGCUUCCAGGUUACAGUGCGGCUGCUGAAUGGGACGUCUCCUUUACCUGAGAAUUACGCCUUCUCCCCUGAUGAGGAGGUAAUUGUGGAGGUUGGAGUCAACACUACCAUCUCCCAAAUCAAAGUGGUCAUCAGCAAGUGCUGGGCCACUUCAAGCAAUGAUUCAUCAAAGUCACCCAUCUACAUUUUUCUUCAGGAUGAAUGUGCAUUGCCAAAUUCGUACACAACUGUUCUUCAGAACGGAAACGACACUGUGUCUUUGCUGUCAGUGCGGAUCUUCUCAUUCGUGAAUCUGGACGUUAUCUACCUGCACUGCCAGGUCCACAUCUGUGUCGAACUUCAGGACAACACCUGCAGACCUGACUGUAUGGGGAGGUCAUACAGGGCUUCCAACUUAAUUGGAGCGACAAAGGCUUCCGUUGGACCCUUAAACAGAUUACGUAAAGAAACGCCUCAAAAUGAUACAUCAAAUACUCUGCAGACUGUUGGAUUUGUUCUACUUGGCGUUGGUGUGUUUCUGUUUUCCCUGGCUGCCAUCGCAGGAUUGGUGUAUCACAAAAGGAAAAUCGGGAACUACAACUUUAAUUUCAAACCACAGCAGGAGAACUUCAGCUAUCAUGUUUUUAGCACGUAACUGCUUCCGGAUAAUUAACUUUAACCGUAAACUGGGGUAUCAUUUUAUUAUUGGAUAUUACUAAUAGGCCUAUUACUAAAUAUUACCCAUUACUAUUAAUACUAAUAUUGGAUACUACUAAUAAUUUUCCAUAGAACAUUAAAAUUAAUGGUUUAAUUUAAUUAUAUUUUUUGUAAUAAAAACAUACAAACAAUCUGCUAUAAAAGUCAAUCUGUUUUGUUUUUCAUUUAUUAUUAUUUGUCAGUUCACUUUAAAAUGAAAAUUAGCCCAAGCUUUA